AUGAAUCUCAGUUGCCAUUGUCAUGAAUGCGGUGGCAAUAUUCGUAAGAAACUAUUAGUGAAGAAUGAAAACGAUAUAGAUCAAAAGGGACUGGAUAAUCAACUAUUUGGCUAGCGGAUUAAAACUGAACCAGUCCUUGGACAUUAACAACUUGGAAUCAAAAGAAAGACCUUCUACUAUCCUCGAGUAUCUAAUAUUACUAGAUUGGGAGUUUCAAAUCCUUUGAAUUUUCAGGAUAUCUUUGAUAAGAAGCUGUCAUUGAAAUUUGCUGCCCCUCUUACUAGUAGAUACAAAUCUCCAGAAAACAAGAAAUAAAGAACUUUAUCCCAAAGAAUCCAGAACACUUAUUUCAAAAAUAUUGAUUAAAAAUUGAAAAACAGUACCAAGAAAUGA